GGCAGGAGGUCCACCAAGUGGGGAGGGCAGGAACGACCACCAAGAGGGGACGGCAGGAAGGCAGUAUAAAUGCGCUAGCUGCAUUCUGUUCCUCACACAUCAUCAACCAGCAAGAUGAAGUUCCUACUCAUUCUUCUUCCCUUCCUCGCCCUCACAUGGGCUCAGCCACCGCCAGAACCAGAGUGUCACUGUGGUGGCUUCGUUGAUGUAUUUGAAGGAGAGUUGGAAGUGAUACCCUUUCCCCCAGAACCCGUGGAAACCUGUGAAAGUGGAGAAGAGGAGUGUGCAGCCUUUUGUGAGGAAGAGUGGAACGAAAUAACUGGCAAUGGAGAUCUGGAUACUGAGUUUGAGGAUGGAGUGACCCUUGGACAGCACAUAUGUCAACAGUUAACUAGCGAGGGACAUGAAAACUACGGUCCAGGAGAGGUGUUCCUGUACUACAGACUGUGUGAAGGUCCCUGGCAGUAUGAUGGGGUACAGACAACAACGCUACUGUGUUGUAACCUCGGUGAUUACGUGCCCUGCGAAGAAGGUAUUCGACGUAAAUAAAUAGUAACUAGCAGCUCAAGUGUCUAUCUGAUGACUUGUGGGUGUAGCAAAGACAUUUGAGUAUAUAAUGGAGAAUGCCUUUCUUAAAAGUGAGUUUUGCCAAGUGUGAACCUAAUCCUUGUUAGGUUCCUGAAGUACAACACUGGAGACAGCGAGGACACGUAGCAGAAACCCAGAGAUCCUUUGUUAUUCUAACACAGAACACCGCUGAAGAAAAUCAUCAAACAUUCAGAGAAACUCAGUACCAUACGAUAUGCUGCUCAGUCUACUAACAAAUGAGCUAUGUCAAGAUGUGAUCACUAUCACCAACACAUACUACAUCUGCUGAAACAGUUGCUAUAUCACCUGUUGUAACACCUGCUCUGACAUCUGUUAUAACACCUGCUGUGACACCUGCUGUAACACCUGCUGUGACACCUCCUUAACUCCUACUGUGAAUACAACAAAAAAAUCAUAAUUUUAAUUGCUUAAUAAAGCCCUCAAUUGUUAAGAAACAUUUUCCAUUAAAGGUUUUCUUUUGA